GGUCUGACUAGGAGGAAGAGGAGAGCUCAGUUGUGGGUCAUUAAUUAAUUAUUGUGUUAAUUUAGUUUAAUAAUUAAGUAGGGAGAAUGGCAGCAUCAUCUGUGACAGUAUUGUGUCCUAAUGGCCGGAGAGUGAUAGUUAAAGUCACACCAAACUCCAGCAUCUUACAGAUAAUUGAAGACGCCUGCGGGAAGGAAAAGUUCGACCCUGACCAUUAUAACCUGAAACAUCUUCGCCGACUGUUGGACAUCAGCAGCACCGUGCGUUACUCAGGUCUACCCAACAAGUGUCAACUGGAACUUGUUAAAAUUGACGUGCCUCGGACCGCUAAAAAUGUGGUGGUCAACAUUGCUACAGAUUCAGGGCUGAGACUGACUCAUGAGUUUCCUGCCACAACCACUUUAUGGGAGAUUCUGAGUUACCAUGAGCAGUGUGGUGAAGCAGGGAGCCUCCUACCCCCUCCUGAGAGUGAUCUUGAACCUGUCAUAGUCUAUACCAUGAGAAGAGUCAGGGCUGAAGAGAUCAAAACCACCACACUCAAGGCCCUCGGCAUCCCUAGUGGGAAGUGCAUGCUCAGGUAUAGCGUCCAGUCAGCAUCUUCCAAUAGUCAAGCCCAUGUGUCUGCCCCACUAGCAAGACCCAAGACUUCUCAAUAUGAUGCUUUGCACGAAAAUACACGCGUAGAGCCGAGAGCCGUCAGUCCACAGCCGUCGCCACAGGUGGAGCCUCGGCCACGAACACAGCCUCUCGCCCGGCCUCGUCUUCCUCCCCCGCCACACGAACAACUUCCGCAACACCCCGUAGAUCUCGUCCCCAAACAAAGUCCAGACCUAGUGAGCUCCAGCCAGAGUGUGGUUCCUGAUGUGGUUCAGUUGCAGAACACUUUACCACAGCCUGAUGUUACCGACUCAGACGGGCAGGAGAGGAUGGAGGCGUCAGUACCAAUGGAUCUUAUAGAGGGACACAGUGUACCAUCUUCAUCAAGCUUCACCACAGACCCUCAGCCGUCACCCGUCUUCACUCAAGAGAAAGUCAUCAUAAAGCUUGAUUCCAACGAUGCCAUACUCUUCAGUGUGGAAGAUGCACCACCAACCCUGAUAGCUGAGGAAGACGACUCCUUCUUUGAACUGUCAGCAAAUGAAGUCAAGAAUUUAUACCACGACCAACAGAAAGAACUACAAGAACUGUCCGAGGCUCCCAUGAUGACUCAGGAGAUGAGAAAGAUGGAGGAGAGUGCCAGGAUCCUCUCUGCCCUCAACAAGUACCCAGUCACGCGUCUACGAGUGUAUUUCCCCGACGGUCACAUCAUCCAGGCAUCAUUUAAACCGAUGGACACUGUUGGUGUAGUGAUGAACUUUUUGAGACCUUUUCUUGCUGAUCCUUCACUAGAGUUCAAUCUUCACACCAGACAUCCCCCGAAGGUUCUUUCAGCCGAUACGAGUCUUGUUGCCGCCGACUGUGUCCCCAACGCUCGCCUCUAUUUUGGGUGCUCGGGCGGAGGACCGUACCUCAGUGACGACACAAUAGCAAAGAAGUCGUCAUUUGUUGGUGCCUGCAGUACUGUGAUACAAACUAGGCCAGAUAGACAAAUAUCGAGCGCGUCUUCAUCAGAAUAUCCCGAGGUCGUGAGUUCAACCCAAGUGUCUACAAGUACAGAGAGAAGUGAUGGCAGUGUGUACAACAAGAGGACCAACAGAACUACUGGAGCUGUUCCUAAGUUGCCUAAAUGGUUCAAGACAGGGAAGUGAUAUCCAUUUAUAACGAGGAGUCACCCACAGGCCGAGGGUUGAUGGUGACGUCCGCUGUUCAGAUGCACUGUUCUGCCACGUGUCGGUCUGUGUACACAAGGACUUAAUUUCUACUAUACAUCCGAUGAAACCUCCAUAUAACAGACUUGGAUCUAACGUACUGACCUUUUACAUAUACAACUGUAGUCCGUUAUAUAGAGGUUUCACUACAUAGUUUGAGCAUUUUGGUGUUUGUUAUAUCUACAGUUGGUACACGAUUUCCAGCAUGACCCAGAAGAAUGUCAUUACUUUGUUAAAUGGUGCUGUUAUUACAACCAAACCAGCACGACACACACAGAUGGUACACUAACCAAGGUGGUGACGGUAACACACUCUCGGCCACAUAGUGCUGUACAGUACAAGACAACCAAACACACUUCUACUCUCUUACUUUAAACAUUAGCUAUGACUUGUAGAAUGAUUCCACUAAUGCCCAUCACUAAACAUUUAUCUAGCUAUUUUUUCUAUCUAUCCACCCAUCCAUCUAUCUGUGUGUCCAGGGCCACACUCACAAUUGUUUAAGGGGGCUAAGGUCAAGUUUGUGACAAUGUGUUAAGGUGAUGCUGUACUGUAGUACAUGGAUUGGUCUGUAGUGAUUGAAUUAAAAAAAUUAUGAUUAUUAGGUGAACUAAAAAGAGUUGUUCUAUGAUAUUAUUACACAAGUAUUUAACUCGCCAGAAAGUUUCCAAACAAAAAUUUAUUCACAAGAUAAAAUACAGUCAUUAUAUUUUACCGUGUACACUGUAUGUAUGAGAGAUUUCCGGCGAACCAGACGGCUUUCUCAAAUCCUGAUAAAUUUCUUAUCCCCGGAAUCUUUUCCACUUACUGGGAAAAGUUUACGAGUGUCUAAACUAGACAUCUUGCACAGACGAACACCAGCCCACUUCCCCAGAAUGUUUCUGGGUGCUGGAGAUGUUUUCCUUGGGUCUAAACUACCGGAGUCCGUAAAUUAAGUCAA